ACUUUACUCUUUUUUGGAAGAAUUCUCUCUUUUCCGUGGUUAUAUCUUGACAUCUUAUAAAACUUGCCAGCGAAGCAUUACUCGAUCUGAAUAUCUCACUAUAAUGGGCAAGUCCAGACCUCAGAAGCAGAAAUCCUCCAAAUCUCGCGAGAAGUCCGUCCUCGGUGUCGGUGGCUCGGUCUCGAAGCAGCAGAAGAAGAUGAACGAAGAUCCCGCCAAGCUUCUGGAGCAAGCUACGAUACUCAUCCAGACCGGCCAGGCCGAUGCCGCCCUACAAUUAGCCCAGCAAGCGCUCGACAGCUCCCCCGCAGGCUCUCCGUCACAUCUAUCGGCCUUGAUUGCCGUCGCAGAGAUCUACGUCGAACUCGGUGACAUCGACACCGCCCGCGCCCACUUCCUGCGUGCGGUCGAAGCCGAUCCCAAUGGCACGAUACCUGAAUCGCAAGGAGGAGGCGCAGAGAAGUUCUUGUGGCUGGCUCAGCUGAGCGAGCAGGGUGGAAAGGAUAGUGUGCAGUGGUUCGAGAAGGGUGUCUCCUCGCUCAGACAUGCGAUCCAGCAAUUAGAGCAGAGCCCCGGUCCUCAAGAGGCGGCUGAAUUGCUGGAGAAGAAGCGCAAGAUGGCCAAUGCUCUAUGUGCCGUGGCUGAGAUCUAUAUGACCGAUCUUUCUUGGGAAGAAGAUGCAGAGAAACGUUGCGAGACGCUCAUCACGGAAGCUCUCCUGGUCGACCCUAAUGGACCCGAAGUCCUCCAAACCCUGGCUUCCAUUCGCAUUUCGCAGCUACGCACAGAGGACGCCAAAGCGGCACUUACAAGGAGUCUUGAGAUUUGGAAGGAUCUGCCCCCAGAGGAUGUCAGUAUCCCGGACUUUCCCACAAGGAUCAGUCUCUCUCGUCUCUUGAUGGAGGUUGCGAUGGAGUUGGAGGCAUUGGAAGUGUUGGAGCGCUUGAUUCUGGAAGAUGAUCAAAGUAUCGAGGCUUGGUAUCUCGGUGGUUGGUGUCUAUAUCUUCUGGCUGGCAAGCAACAAGCGCCUGCGGAUGUCGAGGAAGAAGCCGACACCCCGGAGGCCAAGCGCCAGGCGUCGCUCAUCGCCAGUCGCGAAUGGCUCAAGCAGGGCCUAAGCCUGUACGAGAUUCAGGGGUACGAGGAUGAAAGACUAAAGGAGCAUGCGCUCGAGCUGGUUCAGGAAAUGAACCAGGAGCUGGGUGAGGAGAUGGAGGACGAAGGCGCUGAGGGCCAGGAGGGCGAGGAAGACUGGGAGGACGAGGAAAUUGAGGUGGACUCUGACAUAUCCGAGCGCAAUUCCCCCCCGGAGAUAACCAGAGCCAUUUUUGUCUCGGCCAAGCAACUUCGGGCGGUUGCUGGAAGUGCCCCCGUCUUCCGUCACAGGAUGGACCUGGAAUCAGCGCCCAGUGGGGAAAGCUCGUCGUUGCAAACUACAGUCGCCGUCGCCGUUGAUAUGACUUCCGCGGAUGUAAUCGACAAGCCAGGCACGGCGAACGAGGACCCCACCGCCGCCACCACCACCAAAGGUGAGAUGUCCCAUACCGAGUACGAGACCGACAGCGACGCUUCCGGGGAGGAGUGGGAAACCCAGUCGCUGUAUGAGGACGCCAUUGAAGUGCUGCGAGACGAGCAACUUCGCGAUGGAGUUCCUGAUGCUUGCACUUUGGAUGAGGCUAUCGCGUAUCGAAAUCGUCUUCACGAGAUCGGCAAAGCUGCUUUUGUCGAAGAAACCAUCGGACAGGAGACGGUCACAGCGAAGAAGCUGUGCACGGCGUUCGGUCUCCGGCCCCCGGCUUUCCUUGAAGGCGCCCCUGAUGAAGCUUACCACCCUCUCCUCGCGAUCGCGAUCUCGCGCGAGUUCUCGCGACGUCCGAAGCUCCCACAGUACAAUACCGUCGACGACGCAGUGAGGUUGCUGAAGGAGUCCAAGAACAUCGUCGUGCUGACUGGUGCUGGCAUAUCCACCAGUCUCGGAAUCCCCGACUUUCGAUCCAAGGACACCGGUCUAUACUCGCAGCUCGCGCAUCUGGGCCUGAGCGAUCCGCAGGAGGUCUUUGACAUUCAAGUGUUCCGCGAAGAUCCCAGUAUCUUCUUCUCGGUUGCAAAGGACAUCCUACCUACCGAGAAGAAGUUCUCGCCGACGCAUGCUUUCAUCCGUCUCCUGCAGGACAAGGGCAAAUUGUUGACCAACUACACCCAGAACAUUGAUAAUAUUGAGGCGAAUGCCGGUGUUCUUGCGGAGAAUAUCGUCCAGUGUCAUGGCUCGUUUGCCACGGCGACCUGUGUCAAGUGUAGGUUCCAAGUGGCGGGCGACGAGAUCUUUGAUGAAAUCAAGAAGGGUGCCAUUCCCCAGUGUGCCGCGUGUCGCGACCGUAUCGCAGAGGAAUCGAGCAUGAAACGCAAGCGCAGCACCACUGGAGUCCACAGGAAUCGCAAGGACGACAAUGAGGAUAGCUCGGAUGACGACUACGAGAUUCCGUCCCCUGGUGUUAUGAAGCCCGAUAUUACAUUCUUUGGUGAGGAUCUGCCUGAUGAGUUCGGUCGUCGCCUGCUUCACCACGAUCGCGAACGGGUGGACUUGGUCAUUGUGAUCGGAACUUCUUUGAAGGUUGCGCCUGUCGCAGAGGCUCCAGGAGUGCUGCCUCGUCAUGUGCCUCAGAUCUACAUCUCUCGCACGGCUAAUGGAUCACUAGCCCGUGACGCAUACGGAGUUCGAUAUCGAUCUGCUGGGCGAUUGCGACGUGGUGUUGUAUCAACUCUGCGCAAGCCGACGAUGGAAUACCUGAUCCGCUUUGCGCAGGUCCACGAGUCUUUCCGCCAACCUGAGAUUCAGGCGUUGGCAGACUUGGCCGGUAUUGACCUCGAAUUCAUUUACUACGACAAAUAUUCUCCAUUCUGCGUGAUCAAAGUCCAAGAUGAAGCGGCGGCGCGCAGGCUCAUCGCGCGCAGCAUCCUAGCCAAGGACAUCUUCGAGCUCUGGGGCCAAGGCAGCACGCUCGAGGAAGUGCACGCGGACGUCCGCAGGCGGACGAGCGAAGCGCGUUGGGCGGAGUUUGCGACGGACUCGUUCCGCUUCACGGUCGACAGCUUCGCGGGCAAGCGCAGCAAUGAGAAGAAGCGCGAGAUCAUCCAGUCGUUCUCCUUCCUGGGCUUCCGGGGCCCGAUCCGCAUGAAGAACCCGGACCAGGACUUUUGGGUCCUGGAGGACUACGGCUGGGAUGAACCCCAACGGAUCUGGUUCGGCCGCUGGCUGGCCAACAGCAGCCGCGACGUGAUCAACAAGUACGACCUCAAGAAGCGCCGGUAUAUCAGCACGACGUCCAUGGACGCGGAGCUGACGCUGAUCACGGCGAACAUGGCGCACGCGGCGCCGGGCAAGCUCUUCUACGACCCGUUCGUCGGCACGGGCAGUUUCCUUGUGGCCAUGGGCCACUUCGGCGCCCUGAACUUCGGGUCCGAUAUCGACGGGCGCAGCUUCCGCGGUAAGGAGAUGAUCGAGCGCGGCGGCACGAUGGGCGUGCUCGCGAAUUUCCAGCAGUACGGGACUGCCGGCAAGUUCCUCGAUGUCUUCUCCUCGGAUCUGACGAAUACGCCGCUGCGCUCGGCCCAGUUCCUCGAUGGCAUCGUCUGUGAUCCGCCUUACGGGGUGCGCGAGGGCUUGCGCGUGCUGGGGAGGCGGGAGGGGCUUAGGAAUGAGGAGGUCAUUAUUGAUGGGGUCCCGGCUCAUCUUCGACCCGGGUACAUCGCACCCAAGAAGCCCUACGGCUUUGAGGCCAUGCAAAACGAUAUUCUCAGCUUCGCGGCCAGGACGCUGGUGACCGGUGGCCGCAUGUGCAUGUGGAUGCCCACCUCCAACGACGAGGAUGUCGAGCUGGAUACGCCCAUGCACCCCAACCUGGAGGUUCUGAGUGUGUCCGUUCAACCGUUCUAUAACUGGUCCCGUCGCCUAAUCACCUACCGGAGACUGCCCGAAGGCCAGGUGUCGGAUGUGUCCAUGGGACGACGAAAGCUCGACUCGGAGGGCUACUUCACCAAGAACCCGCAGUAUGACUCCAAACCACCCAGAUCAGGCAGCGCGACGCCUGCAUCAUGA